AUGAAGCUCAUGAGACUUUUGAUAAUAUUGAGUCAUGAAACUGUAACCAUCAGAUCGGAGAAUGGAACACAAGUCCAUGGACCAAUCACAGACAGCUUACCUCUGGAUACAUUACUUGUGGAUGUUGAACCUAAGGUGAAAUUUAAGAAAAGGGAAGCUAUUGCAGGAAGAGGACAUGGUCGUGGCACAGGAAGAGGGGGUCCUAGAAGAUAA